UAGCUCACCACAAUGCACCUUGGAGAUACAAGUCUUACUUUCAUUGACUUGAGACAUAAAUGGCAAUGUCUUUGGUAUUGUCACCGAUUUGACAAAUCUUACUUUGACAUGUUUGAUAGAGUGCACUAGAUAGCAUAGAUAGUCAAUCAUAGGCUAGACUAGGCCUACAUGCUAUCUUGAUCAGUUAAGUGCAGCGUAAGGCCGGGGAAGGGUUUUACAUCCUGGAUUUCAUCUUCGUCUAAGCCAUUUUAAUGAAGUCUUCCCAAAAUUCGAUUAAAAUUUGAUUCAUUCAUGCGUGGAAAUUUGGAUAAACUUGACAACCGGUUUAAAAUCCAUACUCGUUCAAGCUGGGAAAUCUGGAAAAACUUUACAAUUGGAUUGUAGAAGCGAUGUCUGUUUCUAGAUCUGUGACAGAAUCGGUCCUGACAAAAUUUGAGUAAAUCACGAGAUCAAAGAACACCCUGAUUCUCAAAUCACGAAUUUUUAAGGGGUAACCAUAUGAAAGGAUUACUCAGGAGUGCUAAGUUAAGUUAAUGGUUUUCAAUUUAAAAUGGAUACGAUUAUCAAGUGAUUACAAAAUUUCUGUAACUGUUCGACGAUGCUGAGGAAUGCAGCAGUGGCUGGGUCUGACUGGCUUGAGGCGCGAUCGUGAUUAUUAUAAAUUAGCAGACUUGUGAUCUGUGAUUGCAAACACAGUGACAACAAAAGUUCUGUGGAUGACAAUUUCCAAAUUAUCGCCUGAUGGAGAGUUUUAAUCCGACAAGCACUUUGUGAUAUGUGAUUGGAUAAAUAUUGCUGGGUUUUCGCGUCAUUUACAUGAAAGUUUUCUCAAUAUGGCAUUAGAUGAUUCGUUGAAAUCGACUUUGAUAAAGAAUCGUCAAGAAAGGGCGUUGUUACAGUACGUCGACUAUUCAGAUAAAGUCCCUGAUUCUGUGAAGAUGAACCAACUACAGAAUCUCAUUCACGACACCUUGAUCUCCACCGAUCAUGUUCAGAGUUGUGCCAUCGUCAACAGGGCAGAUGCCUCAGUCAAAGCGAGUUCAGUCGGAUUCAGUUUAUUCAGUGACCAGGUGAUUGCCCUCAUCGAGGCGUUCAAAUCCCCAUCACAGACGAGAGAGGAGGGAAUCUACUUCAAUGACAAACAAUAUAAGUGCGUCAGAGCUGACAAAUUCUCAAUAUAUGCCAAAGAUGGGAACAAAGGUCUGGUCGUCAUCAAAACUGCCACAUUAUUACUGGUCGCCACCUACUCCGAAGUAAUGAAGCCAAGCAUAUGUGUGGAGGCAGUGGAAAAGUUAGCUGAAUAUUUCCGAGAAAAAGGCAAAUAAACGAUGAAGAGUUGCUGUUGAUCUGUUUCAAGUUUGGCAAUGUACUCCGAUUGAAGAUGGCUUGUAGUCUGAGGCACAAGAUUUGUUUCUCCAUGAGCUCUCGUCUGUUACUUGUAGUGGCCUACCUAGGCUGCUUCUGAGGCUGAUUCAUUAUGGACUAUGACUAUGGGUUGGUGUCUUGGGAGCCUUGAGGAUAUACAGGGAAACUGUGUCCAGUAACGACAGCCCAUAUUGCAUGCCUGGAGAACUGUUAAACAGCGUAGUGGAACCCUAUUCCAGGGAGUCCGAAGAUUUGCAAAGAGGCUUGUGAAUGGACCUGAUGCAUAAUGUUUUUCACUGCUGGGGCACUUGGACUUUGUAGUCAUUGCACUGUGUAAAGAUGUUAGUCUGUGAUAGAUGUUUUUACAGUUACAUGAAAUGUGAUGGGUCUUUUUGGGACCAACUCAAAUAAAGAGGGUAGAAAUUGGUUAUCAUUUUGAAAGGGGCAGAAUACUCAUUUUAUAUUAAUGUGAACUGUAAUCUUUUAAACUGAUGUCUUUUGGUAUUUAUCUACCGGUACUAGUUUUAUGUCUGUAAAGCGAUCAAAAUAUGACAUGUAUCCAUAUUUGAUGUGACUAUUUGAAUGGAGGAGCUAGUAUCAGAUCUGUCUACUGUUAAGCUCUACUACAUGAGUUUCAAAGUGCUUGACCUGAUGAGCCCACCUUUUCUCAUGGCCUUUACAUAACUUCUCAGAUGCCUCAGAUGACUUAUCACCUUACCAUGCAGAUGCUGGUGGACGCUGUUGUUUUGGAUGCACAAUAUUUCAGUACUAUUUGUAUCAAUGUGUCGAUCUGUUGUUUGUCUUUGUAUUUUUCUAAAUUAUUAGAAUAUAUUUUACUUUA